CAGGAGUGAUAGAUUUCGAACAGUUGCGGUUUGACUGCCAAUCAAGCCGGUUUGAAAUCUUUCCGAAUAACUAGACUUGUUAUCAGUACUUGGUGGUAAAUACUACAAUGUUGCUGAUUGGUUUUGGGUUGGUUGUGUUUUGCGUAACGAUUGGGCUGGGAUUAGCCGCUGAUAAGCAACAGUAUGUGGUGGUUCAAACGGCGAAUGGUCCUAUCAGAGGUGAACUACGAGGUUCGUACUACGCGUUUGAAGGUAUCCCGUACGCGAAGGCUCCGAUCGGUGAUUUACGGUUGAGUCCAUCAGAGUUGAACGAUGCCCGGUGGGAGGAACCGCGUGAUGCGUUGGAACCGGGCGCGAUUUGCAUCCAGUGGAAUCAUUUCGUCGAAGACGAUUACAAGGUUAUGGGAGAAGAGGAUUGUCUCUUUUUGAACAUCUAUACGACGUCUUUGGAAGCGGUGAAUGGCGAAGUUUUGCCAACGAUCUUCUUUAUUCACGGAGGAGCGUUCAUGUUUGGGAAUGGCAACUUUUAUCAACCGGACCAUUUGAUGGAAAAACCUGCGGUUGUAGUGACUAUCAACUAUCGUCUGGGUCCAAUGGGUUUUCUGAGCACUGAGGACGACGUUAUUCCCGGAAAUUUUGGCCUGAAGGAUCAGGUGACUGCUUUGAAAUGGAUUCGGCAAAAUAUUGGAAACUUUGGUGGUCAUCAGGAUCAGAUCACUAUUGUGGGAUAUUCUGCAGGGUCUGCCAGUGUACAGCUGCACUAUCUUUCACCAAUGUCUCGAGGUUUGUUCAAAAAUGGGAUCGGUCAUAGUGGAUCUGCACUCAAUCCCUGGGUUUUGGCAGAAAACUCCGCGGAGAAAGCAACUCAGAUAGCCUCCAGCUUGGAUUGUCCUACAAAGAGUAGUAAAGAAAUGUUAGCGUGUUUGAGAAAACAGUCAGCUAAAGACUUUGUCGCCGCUGUUGGUCAGCUGUUCGAUUUCCUUUACAAUCCUUUCUCUCCGCUGGGAGUUGUGAUCGAGAAAAUGUCCAAGAAUAACCCCAAACCCUUCCUGGUUGAACAUCCACUCAAAUUGAUGGAGAAAGGAAAGUUCUAUCAAGUCCCGCUGCUGCUGUCGAUCAACGAAGCUGAGGGUCUCUACCCGGGAGCAGAAUUUGUCAGUAAUCCGGAUUACCUAAAAAGGAUCGACCAGGAAUGGGACCAACUGUUGCCCUCUAUUUUGGACUACCAAACUUCUCUAAGGAAAGAUGAAGCCAAACGGAACGAAAUAAGUCAAACGAUAAGAAAACGAUACCUCGGAAAUCGGAAGGUAUCUGAAAGCAGUUUUAAGGAUUUCAUUAAGAUUAUUUCAAAUCGUCUCUACUUCGCGGGUGUCGUGAGAUCAGCUAAACUGAUGCAACCUUACGCACCGGUUCACCUGUACUACGACGUAUACAAAACGAAGUUUGCCGUUGGCGAGUACCUGGCCAAGAGUCUCGAGAACUAUGGCUGUGCCCAUGGGGAAGACGUGCUAUUAGUUUUCAAAACCGAGCUGAGAAAUGAAAUUCCCUACACGGAGGAGGAGCUUAUGAUGGCUAGCAAAUUUGUGGAUAUGUAUCUGAAAUUCGCCCGAGAAAGUGUACCGAUGUUUGGGAAACAUAAAAUUCCCCGACUGGAUCGGAAGGAUUUGGUUAAGUAUUUGCAGGGUUGCUAGCGAUUUUUCGUUUUGAAAUUCCAAAGUUUUUCCCGGUUUUUCCCCGGUUUUUUCCCGGUUAUAAAUGAUGAUUUUCCUAUUUUAUAUUCUCGUUUUUUUAAUAUAAAACCAUGGUGAAUAAAAAAAAAAUCGUGAAGUGUUAAACGUUUGGAAAUCAUGACAAAUACUUUUGCUACUAACACGUAAUCUUUUCGUAACAAUUUUUUUCAUGAUUUUUCAAAACGAAUCUAAACAAAUUGGCCUCUAUUCGUUGUUUUGCUCUACAAUUUCAAAAGUUUUGCAAAAAAAAUGAGGACAAUUGAUCUUGAAACUAUAAUGUAGCACCUUUGAGCCACUGUGAAAUUUUCUAGAAUUUUUAAAAAGUUCUAGAACAAAAAUUGUAUAGUUUGUAUAGAAAUAUGUAAAAAAAAAUACAUCGAAACAUAAUAUCAAAUCAGCUUGUCAACUUGAAUGGGGAUUUGUCUUACAAAACUCAAAAUCAUCAGAUUGCAGGAAAAUGUUUAGUUAUUAUCUGAAUGCGGUUAAACUUUUUGAGGAAAUCCAAAGACAUAUUUAAAAAAAAAUGUUUUUUUUAAAUAUACAAAACAAUUAAUAACUUUAGUAGUACCCUAGUCAUUUGGACUAAAGAUUCGUGAAAAUAUAGAAAAUCGUGUAUAAGACAGGGCUGAACUUUAAUCAUUUGAAUGUGAGAAAUUAUUCUGUAGCAGGGUAAAGACCUUAUAUUUCGGCAGGAGCUAGUUUUCGAUAAAAUUUUUACAUAAGACAUAUAAGCGAUAAAAAAUGUUCAAUUCUUUGGACUUUUACUUAUCCAGGUUCGACUGUAGUUAGUUUUGUCGAUAAUAGUUUUAUUAUUAAAUUUACAACAUUGGAGUUAUGCUUGUAAGUAUAGCACACUUGCGGAGAGCGAAAAAAUUAGAUAUCUAAUUGCCCCCCAAUUUGUUAAAACGCGAUUCAAACUUUAUUUGUUUACUAAUGAACGGUAAUAAGCGUUCAUGAGAUAAAUCUAUAUCAAGACCACCAAAAACUAUUCUUAAAAUUAGAUAUAACUUUGAAAAUAUUUUUAAAUUCCGUGAAAAAAUCUCAAGCAUGACCUUUUUCCCGGUGAGGUGCCGAAAUUCCCGGUUUUUUCCCGGUUUCCCGUUGACGAGAUGAAAUUCCAAAGUUUUUCCCGGUUUUCCCGGUUUUCCCGGUUCGCUAGCCACCCUGUAUUUGGAGAUCAAUCAUCCGCGCUGUAAGGAUAAGGUAUCGAAGCAGUUUAGUGAUGAGGACUUCUGGAACCAGAUAGACUUCGGGGAUGGUAUGCCGGUUGAAGUACCGGCACCGACAAAGGCGGAAUUGUAGGUUUAAGCCAUUUUUUAAAACAAAAAACAAAUGAGAAAACGUCUCGAAGCAUUUAUCUUGAUGGCAAUAGGAAAUGUAAUCAUUUCAUUAUUUUAAUAAUAAAAAAUACAAAUUAACUAAGA